GUGGACUGUUCAUUAGGAAUACAGAUCAGGAAUACACGGCAUUUCGACUAGCUAUCUUCCUUCACAACACCAGCCCAAAUGCUACAGAAGCUCCCUUUAACUUGGUUCCUCACGUGGACAACAUAGAAACCGCCAACAGCUUUGCAGUGACGAACGCAUUCUGUUCGCAGUACUCAAGAGGCGUCUUUGCCAUCUUUGGACUCUAUGACAAACGGUCAGUGAACACGCUGACGUCGUUUUGCGGGGCCCUGCACAUCAGCCUGGUGACACCCAGCUUCCCCACCGAGGGGGAGGGACAAUUCACACUUCAGCUUCGACCAUCUAUCAGAGGAGCCUUACUGUCCUUGCUGGACAAAUACGAAUGGAAYCAAUUUGUCUUCCUGUAUGACACAGACAGAGGUUACGCAAUACUGCAGGCAAUUAUGGAGAGAGCGGGGCAGGAUGCAUGGCAGGUGAGUGCGAUCUGUGUGGAGAGUUUCAAUGAYGCAGCGUACCGCAGACUCUUAGAAGAAUUGGAUCGACGGCAGGAGAAAAAAUAUGUCAUCGAUUUGGAGCCUGAGAGACUACAGACCAUCCUUGAACAGGCCGUCAGUGUGGGUAAACAUGUGAAGGGUUUCAAUUACAUCAUCGCAAACCUGGGUUUUAAGGACAUAUCCCUGGAGAGGUUUAUGCACGGUGGAGCCAACGUGACUGGAUUCCAGUUGGUGGACUUUGGCAAACCUAUAGUUAUAAAGCUGAUGCAGCGUUGGAACAAACUAGACCAGCGGGAAUACCCUGGAUCUGAAAGCCCACCUAAGUACACCUCAUCUCUAACAUACGAUGGUGUCCUGGUGAUGGCUGAAGCCUUCCGCACCCUGCGUCGACAGAAAAUUGACAUCAGUCGUCGUGGCAAUGCGGGGGACUGUCUUGCCAAUCCAGCAGCACCCUGGAACCAAGGAAUAGACAUGGAGCGAGCCCUCAAACAGGUUCGCAUUCAGGGUCUUACAGGAAAUAUCCAGUUUGAUCACUUUGGGCGAAGAAUCAAUUAUACGAUGGACGUGUUUGAGCUGAAGAGCAAUGGACCACGCAAGAUUGGCUACUGGAAUGACAACGACAAGCUUGUCCUAAAUGAAAGCCCUCAGACCAACGACAGCUCAGCKAUCGAUAAUCGGACUGUUGUUGUUGUGACGACAAUCAUGCCUCUGAUGAUGAGGAAGCCUCUGCUGCGACACUGAUCCUGAGACAGAGCAGGAGAACCCUGGAACAGGCACAGCAACCCGACUGAUUCCGAUGGUGUACAGAGACUCUUUGUGUAUCUCUUUACCACUGCUUCUCUUGUUCUUUUAAAUCAUUUUUGAUGUUUUGUUUAUGAUUUUUUUUUCUGAGACUGUUUACUUUUAAGUGAUGAAAAAGAUAUUCUUGGUCAGUGUGUUUUAAGUCUAAGGCUUUGAGCUGCCUUGCUCUUUGCGUCCUGCUUCCUCUCAGCAGAAAAGCCUCAGCUGGAUGAGAGCUCUCCAAGGAUUUCUCUGCUCUAUGUUAAGGUUUUACAAUUCACUGCACAACUUUAUUUUUUUUAGAAACUGUAAAUUUUACAUCAUUUUCUGCUUUUUAAAAGGACACCACCUCAACACUUUGCUCUUAUUUCAAAGUGUAAUCUGGAUUUACUGCAUUUACAACAUUUCUUUAUUUCAUUGAUGUCAUUCUGUCUCGAGGAAAGUGGGAGGCGAGUUUACUGGACUUGUUAUGUGUCCUGCAGUUUGCUUCCCUCACCUUUUGAUUCCACACUCCUUCCAUCUUCAUUUUUCUGCUCUGUCACUCUGGAAAUCUACUCAGUCAUGCCUGCUCAGUCAACUUUCCUCUCCUGUUUUUGAGUUCUCCUCGGAGGAUUUCUGAAUCACUGCACCAAGCAAGAGCAGAGAAAUGCUAAUAAUAUUGAGAGGGGUGUUUGUUUGAGGCAAAAAUAUCGCAGUUGCUGUUAUUUUGCCUCAACUUCAAUUAGUCUUACACUUUUAAGAUGGCUUUGUGAUUGUUAAAGCUAGAAUUUGCCCUAUGAAAAACAAGACAUGUUUAUGAUCCCAUUAAGAAGGACUCAUUGCAUGAAAUCUAAUUUAAAAAGUCACACUGAAAUGCAUCAAAUUAUGCCAUUUGAAAGGGUUCAUAUAGUUGUGGAUUUUCAUUAGUUUUAAAUGCAGUUCUGAAAUGUGGGAAGGCGCUCAGUGUAAACAAACACUCAGUGGAAUCUGUUAAAAACCACUAAGAAGCUUGAGGCUGAUUGGCUCUGCAUGGAAACAAAUGUGUCGGAAUCAGACCGGUGCAGAGUUAGGAUGAAGACAUUUAGGUGAAAAUAUGAACAUGAAUUUGUCGCUAAACACACACAAUAAAAACAUGAAAAGAAAAACUGAGACCACAGUCAAGAAACAAUUUUAUGGAUCAAGCAGGGUGAUGGAAUUUCAUAAAAACUUCUUAACCAAUAAGUUUACUUUUUGAGCCUUACCCAGUUUUUAGCUUGAUAUUUUACUUGACAAAUCCCAGUGUAAAUACGUUCCAGCUCCUUCACAUACAGUAUGUCACCAUUGUUGACCUUUAGCCAUCAAACACAUGUUAGCAGCCAUCCACAAAAUUUUGCUUACAGUUUAUUGAUUUUAAGCACAAAUUAAGCUUUGGUACAAGACAAAUAGUGUGCAGAUUGUGUUUUUUACUUGACGUUUAUUUUUAAGCAGUCUUCACUAUUGUGCAAUGAGUACUUUUAAAUGCAAAUGUCCUGCCAUGUUGGUCAGAGAUGUAUAUUUAGUCAUGCGCCAACAUGAUGGAGCAAAGUGCAUCUAUGGGCGGUGACAAGCUGGGUGUUGUGUACUUUACUUAUUAGAGUUUAAUACGUUACAGCUGGGUGUAUGGUGUGGGAAAUGUUUGUAUUUUCCAUGGUUGUACUUUUACUUCCAGACAAAACAAAAUUUGUACAUUGCUUAAAGAUUCUAAUCAAAUUAAUUUGAUUCUAAAUGUGUUGUUUAUGAAAUGAUGGACACAAAAUGUAAAAAAAAAAAGUUUGUUUUUUUCAAUUGUGAUCAGAUGCAACUAAGACCGUUCAUCUGGAAAUUAGGUCAGCUGUCAUUAUAAUGGAGUUUAUUUUAAUCAAAUAUACAUAACCAAUAAAGUUCAAAUAAAAAUAAAAACAAUGUAAAGGUAGUUAAACUGUAAUAUCUGGAAUGCCAUUUUUUAAAGAGAUCUGAAAGGAGUGGUUUUACACACUUAUAAAUUCUUGGAAAUUGUGCAACAUUUUUAAACCAAUUCUUGACAUUUCACUCUCAAGCAGUCAACUUUCUUGUCAUCACUUAAGUGAUCUUGAUCAAUAAUUCUCAUAACAAUGAAGCAACCAAAGUCCAAAGAAAGCCCCACAGAGACCUUUAGAGCCACAGCAGAUCAGAUAGUUCCAUCGGUCGAGCAGCUCUUCAUUGCUGUGUAACUGCAUUCUGGUACAAUUUCUGUUUCUUAGAUUUUCUAACGCUUUCUGUGAAAAUGGAGUAUUAGUCUUUAUGGGUAAAUUGCAGGGAGACAAUGAAGCUGACUCUCUGGCCACACAUGAAGAUGAUGUGCCAUAAUUACAGUAACUGCCUGCUAAAUGGGCUGAGCGUAAAGCUCAGUGACUGAAGCAGAUUGGGAGACUGAGAGCCUGGCUUGCCUUUCUGGUUAUAGCAAGAGAUUUCUCCAAGGCUAAUCCAAUGUCUUGGUGGCCAGCAAACUUUUACAUAACAGUCUGGCUUUUUAAAAAUGAGAAUCUGUUUGGCAGGUCAAAUGAAUAACUGGAUACUUAAGUCACUGCACAGUUGGAUACUUUUUAAUUAAUAUUUUAACUGGCUGGCCAAGAGAAUUGUGUAGCAAGUCCUGCUUGUCUUUUUGGCUCCAGUUUGGAACAUUUUAUGUCUUAUCAGCUUCUACCAUUUGCUCCUAUUAAGUUUUUGUCUUCUAAUCACCCACCCAUUAUCCUUUCCAGUGUUUGUGUUUUCUUUCUUUGUGUUUUCUCCAAAUCUCUGCUUCAUUUUUAUGCUUGUUUUUUGCAUGUCCUCAACACUGCAGCCAUCUUUGUUUGUAUUCAAGUCGUCUUCAUCUUUAUUCUGCACUUUAAUAGGACCACAGCACCAAACACCCGUCUUUUCUCUGUCAUCUUUCUCUUACUUGCCCUUACUAUUUUUUCUCCCUCAACCUUCUGACUUUUGCGCUCAUUCCUUCUUCUCCUCUCACCUCCUCUCACUUCUUUUUUCUGGCUUCGCCCUGACUCAUGAUGCCACAUUAGGCAACACUAAAAGAUGACGAUUUAAUCCCAGGGGCAUAAAUUUCAUGCACAAACAAAUAUCUCACGAAAAAAAAAAUCAGUCACCAGCAGCCCUGCCUUAAAACUAAGAUAUGUAUUUGUGAAUAAUAGACCUGCAAAAGGGAUUUGARGUGAAUUAGCUUCCACAUAAUUUGUAUCUGUUUUCAUUUUAAAUUCACGUCACUUGUCAGAUCAAAUGUAUAUUUAAUAUGUCUGAUUUCUUUAUGUAAGAAAUCCAGAUUAAGUGAUGAAAGUUUUUAGUCCUCCAUGUUGAUAUUAAAACAAACUUUUUGCAACAUGCAAGAACCAAACAUCACCAUCCCUCUUUUAAAUUAACCCAAAAGAGUUUCCUUAAAAGAUUUACUGUAAACAAGUGAUCUGGACAUAGAUAUUUAUUGUAAGAUACCUGGUUGCACAACAUCAGUAACAUGUAAUUAAAAAGUUGGUUCAAACUUUCAGUCGACUGCUUUUAAUAGAAUGUUUUCAUCYCUGAUCGUCAUCUCUGCUGCAGAGUGCUGUUAAUAACGACUCUGUGGAGCUGUUAGAGGWUCUUUUUCCUGUUCAUUAACAUUAUGAUUCAUGUUGAGUCGAUAAAAUGAGCCAUACAAGUGCUGAUGUGUUUGAAGACAUUUGGGGAGAAAGGUUUUUUGUUUGCUCUGAUCAUCAAUAGGUGGAGCGGGUUUUUUUAUGUAUUCAGUGAUGAUGAUGAUGAUGAUGAUGAUGAUGAUGAUGAUGAUGAUGAUGAUGGUGAUGAUUAUGAUGAUGAUAAUGUGUCAAAAAGAAAAAGUUCUGUAUAAAAUUAAAGUGGAACCUAAACAUUUUAAAAUUUGUAUUGUGAUAAAUAAAUGUUUUCUUUAUUUUUAAUUUAUUUUUAUUUCUGUAAUUGUUUUUAUGCAAGAUUUUAGAGCCAUCACAACACUUCACUUCAAUCUGAAAAUAGAAACUGURGUUUUUGUUUGUUGUUGACAAAUUCACUGUCAGUAACCAGAAACACAAAGAGUCAAGCCUAGUGAGUUGGUUGUUUUGUGUGUAGCUGAAUGUAGCAUGUAACAUUACUUAAAGMUUGUAUUUUAUUGUUUAAUGGAAUAUAUAAUAUUUAAUGUAUUUACUAUAUAGGUCCAGUUUGUCAAAAUAAUAAAUGUGAUGAUUUGAAGUGAGGUUCUAAGGUUAUGAACAAUGAAUGUCUUACUUGUAAAAGCUCUUUGAACUGCCUCAGAUUAGUUGUUAUGGAGUCUCAGUCAUAACAGMGUGAAUAAAAGAACAAUUCUGAAAAUAUCAAACAUCUUGGUUUUGUUCACGUUUUACCUCAAACUGGAAAAAAAUAAAGUUUAGGUGAGUUCAGAAUGAUGAGCUAACAGCUUGUUUAAAUCGGGCUAAGAUCAAACUGGAUUGCCGCCUUUUUAAAACAUCAGUGUGAAAAUCUGCAGCAUCUCUUUUACAUUAGUGUCAAUACUAAGUAUUGGAUAAGAAAAUUAAAAUGAUAUUAUAUUCCUGCAGGAAGUGCCCCAGGCAGAAGUAAACAUGCUAAAGCUAAAAGCUGCUGUCACUAUUAGUGCUUGAUUAUAACAGAUUAAUUAAAUGUAAAUAACUAUGUGAUGUUAAAUGUUUUCCUGUAAAUGAUUUGUGAUUGGAGAUAUUCUAAAACAGCUGCAGUACACUUUCGUCUUGACUUUGCUCAGACUGGCCAUUAAGUUUAUUACUCCGGUCAGAAUUUAAAUCUAUUUAUCCAAAGUGAGUUUGUUCAAAGACUUGUCUACAAGUUAGAAAUGACUUGGUCAUAACUUUUUUCAUAAAAAAUCAUUACUUCAAAUGAUUUGAGUGAUUGCUUGAAAACUUGUGAAAUGAACACUUUUACCAAAACCAGCGGAGGCUGACUGAAAUAUCUGUGUAGAAAACRACUUCCAGAAUAAGACACGUCACAAUUAUUCUGGAGUAGUUUUAUGAUAGGAUAAAGUUUAACUUUUUGACUCGUUUUAUUGAAAAUAAUUCCUUUUUUAUUAUUAUUUAUUUGAUGCCCAGACAAAUCCAUGUGAGUGGUUCUUAUUUAUCAAGUAAAAUGUGAUCCAUUUCUAAACCUCUGCUGGUUUUGUCGGUGGUGUUCAGCUCCCGUUGUACAAUUAUUUAUAAUCACGCUGCCUGCCUUCAAGCUGCACUUGCUUUCACUGUAAUUUAAUUUCUUGGUUUGAAGAUUCUUCUGUGUAUUCUGUCUGGAUCUCUGUCAAAGUGUUUUUAUUGUACAUUUGACCCCCCUUUUAUUUUCAGUGUGAAAAAAAGGUCUUCUCUGAUUAAACUGCACUUGUCUUGUUUCUGACUGAACAGUUCAAUCUGAAAGCAUGUUAUUGUGUUUUUGUGUUUUAUUAUUUUCAUAAACUGUUUCACAAAA